AAUUUUCAUGUUAGAUGUGAUGACAGCAUCUCAAAAUGGGAUGAGAUAUCAGUAACUGAGAGAAGCUGUAAGAGAAUUACACAUAGCUAAAAUUGGUGUUCCCAAUGAAUUAUGAAACUGCCACAUACCCUCUUUUGCAUGUUCAUCCCAAAUGCUACAAUGCCACGCACCUCCUUCACUGUCCCUACAUUCCAUCCUUCUUACCUUUUCUCUCUCUUCUCUCUUUCUCUCUCUGCAUCUACCCUAUAUAACUCACAACACCCUUUUCUUUCCCUCCACAUUCACUCACUCUUUCUUUCUUCUUAUUCCCUUUCUCUUUCAUCAUUCAAGGUUCUCAACAUGAGCAGUGUCUGUUCCGACCAUCACAAGUUUCACCCCUCUCAUCAAUUCCUCUCUCCCAACAAAACCCUCAGAGAGAUUGACGUCCCUCCAAGGAAGCUCCUCACUUGCCGUGCUGCUGCUGCAUGCGGUGGCUCUGAGUUGUUUUCUGCCGACACCAUGCUGCAAAAGUUCCUUCCUUCCAACAACCUUGAUGACUCCGAUGAGGACGACCCUUACUCCGCCGACCACUUCAGGAUGUUUGAGUUCAAGGUCCGCCGGUGCACUCGCAGCAGGAGUCAUGACUGGACUGACUGCCCUUUUGCUCACCCCGGAGAAAAGGCUCGCCGCCGUGACCCUCGGCGGUAUCACUACUCGGGAACUGUGUGUCCUGAAUAUCGUCGUGGAGGGUGCAAUCGUGGUGAUGCAUGUGAAUUCGCUCAUGGAGUAUUUGAAUGCUGGCUGCACCCUGCAAGAUACAGGACAGAGGCCUGUAAGGAUGGAAAGAACUGCAAGAGAAAGGUUUGUUUCUUUGCACACACACCUCGCCAGCUGAGAAUUUUACCGGUAACUUCUCCUUCUUCGAAUGACAUUUCAUGCAAGAAGAACAUUAACAAUCUCUUCAACCAUGUUUCAAGAUCCAACAACAACGGCUGUUGUGUUUUUUGCCAUUGUGUUUCUUCUUCCUCUUCUUCUUCCACCGCUUCUCCAACUUCAACCCUCUUCAACAUGUCUCAUUACUCGCCACCGCUAUCUCCAUCCUCCUCCUCCUCCUCACCACCUCCUUCUCCCUUGAAACCCCGAAAAGGGGUUUCUGUUUCUCCAAUUUCCCUAUAUGGUGCUGCGAAUGUAAACCCUCGUCAUGGGGUGGUGAGUUACAAAGAAGCCUUCGCUGAAUUUGUGAACUCCUUGGAGGGGUUGAGUUUGAACGAGGGUUCUCCUGUUUCUGGUGCCAAAACAUUGAACUUGCCUUGGAUUGAUGUUUCUCUGAACUGUGAGGAACAACAGCAGCAACAACGACAACCGCUCAUUGCUUCUUCUUUUGGCUGCGAAGAUCAGCAGAAGUUUAUUUUUUCACCAUCCUCCACUCAGACACACACAAAUGUUGCGUUUUGCAGCAACAGAUUCACAGGCAACAACAACAACAACGUUGUCGGUGCUGACUCAAAUGUCCCAGAUCUUGCGUGGGUAAACGAGUUGCUGAUGUAGAAGGUGAAGAUGGUGACGAAAUUGGUAGUGAGAUGACUCCUAAUACAGUGAAUGAAACUGUAAAUACCGCGGAGAAACAUAAUGUGUCUCUGGAGUCUAUUGUUAUUAUUAUUAUUGUUGCAGUUCAUUGCUUUCUGAAUUUGUUAAGUUUGUCACAAAUUAUGUAAUUUGGAUUUCAUCUUGUUCAAUGCAUAAGGGAAUAUUUUGGGUAA